CUCUCACUUGGAGCACAGCUUCAGCAGCCUUUCAGCGGCUGCUCUCUCUGCGUCACAUCUUUUUAAACAUAAACUAAAGCAGAUGGAAUAAUGUUUGCUUAAAAUAACAAUUUGUUCUACAUUGGAAGAGAAAAUACUUUUUGGUAUCUAUGGACAGAUUUUAGGUACCUGAAGAUAUUCUGCAUGAGUGUUACCUGGGCAUUAUGAAAAGGUAUCCAGGCGUCUUCCACUGCUGGGAGAGAAUGCUUGUUUUUUAAAAUUUUGCCAAUAUUUUAGUGUCUCUUCAUAAAAACUGCAACGCGAUCUGCCCCUUUUUGCGCGCUACUUUCAAAACUUUGCAUGACCGUAAUGGAGCGCACCGGAUUAGCUGUUUUAAUGGUUUUGACUGUUGCGCUCAUGAGGGUAGCCGACGGUGACCAGGAGGCAACAGGUGGGAGGUCCGGGGACCUCUCGAAAACACCUACAACCGGCCAGUCCACAACUCUGCGCCGCAUGCCCAGGGGAGCGUCAGCACCCACAGUUGAAUCGGCUCACGUUGCGGGGGCUUCCGGGGAAGACCCCGUCUCUACGCCGCAAGACAGAGCGCAGCGCACCGCCAGACACCCGCAAAGGAGCAGAGUGAACCGCGGGCAAAGCAGCAAGCCCGGCUCCUCCAGCACAAGGCGACUGACCGGGCCAAAUGUCUGUGGAGGUCAGCAGUGCUGCUCUGGUUGGGCAGUUGCUCCAGGAACCAACCGCUGCAUAAAACCUGACUGCCAGCCCCCCUGUCAGAACCGCGGCUCCUGCAGUCGACCACAUACCUGUGUGUGCCGCUCGGGCUUCCAGGGGCCCCGCUGUGAGGAGGUGGCCCCCGAGCAGGUGUACAUUCGCGAGCGUGGCACUCUGAGGCGCAUUCAGCCAGGCACCAAACCCUUCCAUAGAGAUCCACCACAGAGAAGACCCUCAGAGAGGCAGACUGCUGACACCAUCAAGGUCCAGACCCCACGACCUGUGACCACCAAGCAGCCUAUCCAGACUGUGACCCAAGCAAGACGAGGACCUGCAUUCUCCUCGCCUCAGCAUACUGGGACCUCCCGUACCGUGAAGCGUUAUCCAUCAUCCUCCGAACCCAUAACCUCCAAUGCCCUGCCCAACGGCAACAGCGUUGCUAAUGGCCAUGGCAGAGAGCAGAAGAACAAAAACUGGUAUGACCACAGGAACAGACAAAGCAACACGCCAUCCCUUAACGGUCAAAGUCCUCCCAGCGACAGCCAUUUACAGGGACAGUUCAACAAUGUGUUACAUCCAGCUGGUUCUAACCUCACCUCCAACCUGGACCGCAUUAAGAUCGUCUUCACACCUAUGCUCUGCCGGAGGAUGUGCAGCGGCGGGCGCUGCUAUAACAGCUGCGAGAAGGGAGAUGUCACCACUGUAUACAGUGAGACAUCGCAGCAGCAGCAGCAGCAGCAGCAGCAACCAAAGAACCAAGGCUUCAGACUCUUCUUCUGUCAAAUCCCCUGCAUGAACGGAGGCCGAUGCAUUGGCAGGGACCUGUGUUGGUGUCCGUCAAACUCAACGGGGAAGUUUUGCCACCUACCGGCACCGCCGCCCCCCAGACCCACUCUUCACAGCCACAAGGAUGCUGGCCACCAGGGAGUGAAAUCACCUUCCCAUUCCAUGUACACUUUGCCGUUGUCCAAUCAACAAGUGUCUCUCCACCCAUCCUUGGUGAACGUCCACAUUCAGCAUCCGCCAGAGGCCGAGGUCCAGGUUCACCAAGUAGCCCGAGUCCAGCCUGGACAGAGAGCAGUCAUCACAGACGGCGCUCACUCUGUCCAGCAGCGCUCCCAGCCUGGAAACGGACUUGAACACACCAGUGAACACAACGGCAGACUCACACAUGUCAAUGGCCACAGUUCAACUCCCAUCCUCCAGAAUGGGCACGUUGGAAGAUGCUUUCAGGAAACAGUGGAUGGACAGUGUGGCAAACCUCUGCCAGGCCUAACCAAACAAGAUGAUUGCUGUGGAAGUGUGGGUGCCUCUUGGGGCCUGAACAGGUGCCAAAAGUGUCCAACCAAACCAGCAUAUGCAGUGAUUGCGAACGGACAAGUGGAGUGCCCCAAAGGUUUUAAAAGGAUGAAUGUCACACACUGUCAAGACAUCAAUGAGUGCCUGUUGCCAGGGGUAUGCAAGAAUGCUGAAUGUCUCAACACCAAAGGAAGCUACAGAUGCACAUGCAAACCAGGUUUUAUGCUAGAUGCUGCCAGGAGCCACUGUGUCUCUGACAAGGCCGUGUCUGACCACAGGGAUUCAUGCUACCGUUCGGUUUCAUCAGGAAUGUGCUCUCUGCCUCUUGCUAAUCACAUCACUAAGCAGAUAUGCUGCUGCAGCCGUGUCGGCAAGGCCUGGGGAAAUGAGUGUGAUCGAUGUCCUUUGCCAGGUUCAGACCACUUCAAGGAGAUCUGCCCAGCUGGUCAUGGAUACACAUACUCACGAUCAGAUGUGCAGAUUUCACUAAGGCAGCUGGAGCAAGAUGAGUUGCAGAGCACAGGAGUGACUCUGGAGGAGCAGUAUUCUGAGUUCCCAUCCUCCCAGCCUUCAAGACACAACAACUACCCUCAAACACCCCAAUUAGCCCAGUACCCUGAAUACCCCGAGACACCACGAGUACCCCAGUACCCUUUGACUCCACAAUCAGGGCAAGAAACACCAAGACUGGAAGAAGAUGUGGAAAUUCUGAUGCCGCCAGCUGUUGUGACCGACUCACCACCGGACCAUCCAGACAUUAACAAGUGUGCUACUUCACCAAGUAUAUGUGGCCAUGGAAAAUGUGUUCCUGAGCAGAGCGGAUACACUUGCGACUGUGAGCCGGGAUUCAAGCUCAGUGCAUUGCAGAACAGUUGCAUUGAUUUGAACGAAUGUGAAGGGGACCCAUGUGAGGGGAAGGGUCGCUGCAUAAACAGCUAUGGCUCCUACACAUGUCAGUGCCACAGUGGCUACAGCCAGGUGAUCACCCAGAACAGGAAAUUCUGUCAAGACAUCAACGAGUGCAGCAUGCCCAACAAGUGCCAGAACGGCCAGUGCGUCAACACUGAGGGAUCUUACACCUGUGAAUGCAAUGCCGGCUUCGCCAAGUCAUGGAGGGGCCUGUGCGAAGAUAUAGAUGAGUGCAGAGAUCCCAGCUCCUGUCCCAAUGGCAACUGCGUCAACACUCUUGGCUCCUUCCAGUGCCAGGCCUGUGGCCCAGGCUUCAGGCCCAUCGGUGGGAGAUGUGUGGAUGUCAAUGAAUGCUUGAACCAAACCAUUUGCGGCCGUGGUCGUUGUGUCAACAGAGAGGGCUCCUAUAUGUGCAACUGUUUCCAAGGCUACACACUCUCACCAGACAAUGUUUGCCAAGAUGUGGAUGAAUGUGUGCUCCCGGGAGUCUGUCUCCACGGCCACUGCACCAAUUUGGACGGCACCCACAAGUGCACCUGUAACCUUGGUUACCAAGUCUCCUCAGACAGGAAGUCUUGUGAAGACCUCAAUGAGUGUGCAAGUGGUACAGCAUGCCAGGCGGGGAUUUGCAUCAAUACACCAGGUUCGUACAUUUGCCAGAAAUGCGGGCCUGGGUUUGGACCAUCUGUUGAUGGGCUGAGAUGUGAAGACAUUGAUGAGUGUGCACAGGGAGACCUUUGCUAUAAAGGGCUGUGUGCCAACACAGAGGGAUCCUUCUUUUGCACCCGAUGCCAAGCUGGCUAUAGAGUGUCUGAGGACAGGCAGAGAUGUGAAGAUAUUGAUGAGUGCCAGUCCCUGUCUACCUGUUCCAACGGGAUCUGUCUAAACUCAGAAGGGUCUUAUACAUGUGAGAACUGCCCUGCAGGGUAUCGUGUGUCUUUUGAUGGGGAACUCUGUCAAGAUAUCGAUGAGUGUGCAGUUCCAACUACAUGCCCCCAGGGAAAAUGUACAAACACUGAUGGUUCAUUCAAGUGCGUCACUUGUCAGCCUGGUUUCACAGUUUCUGACGAUGAACAAGAAUGUGAAGAUAUUGACGAGUGCCAGGCUCCAGGUGUUUGCCUUGGAGGUGUAUGCAUUAACACAGAGGGCUCCUUCUCCUGCAUGUCCUGCGAUCCGGGCUUCAGCGUAGCACCCAAUGGCCUCUCGUGUGAAGAUGUGGAUGAGUGUAGCAGAGACGAUGUGUGUAUUCGAGGAGAGUGUGUGAACAGUGACGGCUCUUUCUUAUGCUUGUGCGAAGCCGGCUUCAAGUUCAACACUGAUUCAGCUGACUGUGAAGACCAGGAUGAGUGUCAAGAGUUUGGAAGCUCAGUGUGUGGCACCUGGAGCUGCAAGAACACCAUUGGCUCCUACAGGUGCAUCAUGCCGUGCCAGCCUGGCAUGCUUAGCAGAGACUGCGAUAUUGAUGAAUGCAACAAUGAGACCAUCUGUGGGAGCCAUGGCUUCUGUGAGAACACAGACGGUUCCUUCCGCUGCCAGUGUGACAGAGGCUACACCAAUCCACCCGGAGAUAUUACCAGAUGUGUUGACCUGAACGAGUGUGAGAUGAGUUCGGCGCUGUGCGGGGAGGCCCUGUGUGAGAACGUCGACGGAAGCUUCCUGUGCAUCUGCCCCAACGACAAUGAGGAAUUUGAUCCUGAAACCAGCCAAUGCCGCUCCAUGGCCGUUCCUGACAUAAAGCCAAUUUUUUCAUCCCCCGGAUCAACCGAAGAGAGGAAGGAUUGCUAUUAUAACUUAAAUGACGCAAACUUCUGCAACAACGUCUUGUCUCGCAACACCACCAAGCAGGAGUGCUGCUGUACAGCCGGCGCCGGCUGGGGGGACAACUGUGAGAUUCACCCCUGUCCUCUUAUAGGAAGAGAUGAUUACAACCAGUUGUGUCCCCAUGGCAGUGGGUUAUUAUCUCUACCUGGGUCUUCAUUACUGGGUCAUGGAGAACAGCUGCGUUACAAAGAUGCAAAUGAAUGUGAAAUGUUUGGACAUGAGAUUUGCAAGAAUGGACAGUGUUCCAAUUUCUUUUCUGGGUAUACCUGCUACUGUCAGUCUGGCUAUUUCUACGACAAAAUCAGGCUAGAGUGUGUGGAUUACGAUGAGUGUGGAUAUGGAGACCCUUGUGUCAACGGAGCGUGUGUGAACACGGUAGGAUCGUUCAACUGUUUCUGCAGUCCACCGUUAGUCCUGGAUGGCACACAGCAGCGCUGCGUCAGUCUCAACACAACAGAAGACAUCAUAGAUUCUGGUCAGGAUGUGCACGUAGAUAUUUGCUGGCGCCGGCUCGAGGGGCACAACAUGUGUGCAGAACCAAUCCAGGAGCGCAGAACUACAUACACUGAAUGCUGCUGUCUGUACGGCGUUGCCUGGAGUGGUCAGUGUGCGCUCUGCCCCAGGAAAGACUCUGAUGACUAUGCUUCCAUGUGCAACCUCCCUCGGACAGAAGGCAGAGACAGUCUUAGAGAGCGGAUUGGAUAUGAGUACGGAGUCGAAGGCCAAGAUCUUCCUCCAUACUGGGAUAACUAUGGUGGUGGCAGUCCUGAAAGUGUUCCCAUGUUUACCGACAGCGACUACAACAUCCCGCAACCACCUUUUCGUGUCCCUGUCUUACGACCAGGCGGGAACCAGCCCCAACCAUUGGAUCCCUAUGCAGAGCGAUUCGACAGCUUUGAGGGUCUCCGAGCAGAGGAGUGUGGGAUCCUGAAUGGAUGUGAAAACGGACGCUGUGUACGUGUUCGAGAAGGCUACACCUGCGAUUGCUUCGACGGUUAUGAACUUAACAUGGAUAAGAUGGCCUGCAUAGACAUAAACGAAUGUGAGGACAUCAGCGACAAGGUCCCCUUGUGUCAGAAUGGCCAGUGCACCAACACAGAGGGGUCCUACAAGUGCACCUGCCUGCCAGGCUUUGUGGCCUCCGCCAAGCCACACAAAUGCAUCCCUGCGAUCCCCGAGCCCACGCUCAGGGUGGCAGAAAACUGAAACAGGAAAUUAACUUUUUCUGCCUCCUAAAACCUUCAUCCCUGUGCUCUUUCCCCCUGAGAGCCUGGCACUAAACCUCCAACAGUAACACUGUUCGUCCAAGCUUUUGUCCCCACAUGUUCCUCACAGACACAAACAUACACAAGCUUUUUUCUUAUUCCUCACCCUAUUAAACAUUGAAGAGGACAAAAAACUGUGCAGUGAAUGUAUUACAUGGGAUUUAAUUUUCACCACAUAUCCGUUUGCCUUAAAGGGAUUGUUUUUGGGACUGAUUUUUUUUAUAUAUUCAGUGACCCCAGGCAAAUUGAUCUGCUCGUAUAUUUUCCACAAUAUUUUUUCUGUCAAUUAACUUUUUUCGAAGUUUGUUAUUUAUUUCAUUGACAUGACGGGCCUCUGAAAAUUUAAAAAGCCUCCAGCUUCAGAGAUUAUAACUUGAUUCCUCUCCUGUCUCACAGAGUGUCUGUGAGGAGUUGAAUGAUGUAUUUUUUUAAGAAAAGGAAUUUCUGAAGAAAUCUGUCAUAUAUCAUCUUAUAUCUCCAAUGGGUCAACAAACAUCAGAUUUUUCUCACAGCUGCCUUUCUUCAAGAUUUGAGCUAAAGUUUGAAGGAUUUCUGGACCAGAGCAGUAAAACUUUCACAUUAAAAGCUUUGGCAUGACAGAUGCUUUGACAAACUGUACAUAAAUACGAGUUUCUGUGAGAUGUUCAGAAAAUGGUGCACUAAGCAGACUGUUUCACACCAUUUUUCUAAAAAAUUCUAUUACUAAUCCCGUUUCUUUCUUUUUUAAUAGUAUUGAUCUUUUUAAUGCUUUAAUUUUAAAAAAUGAAAGAAAAAAAAAAAAAACAGCCUUGCUAUUAUUUUCUGUACUAAAUUCUAAAAGAAAAGAAAAAAGUAUCCACAGAUUUCAUGACUUAAACAAGAAAUUAGAUUUAUGCUCCAGUGUCACACAGAAAAAUGAAUUCUUCAGACCAUGUCCAUGUGUCCAAUAAGUAGCCUCCACACCUAUUGGCACACUUUGUAAAGAUGUGUAAAAUAAAUUUUUGUUUUAUUGUGGUAGCAUAAUCUCAAAUUAAUUUCUAAAAUAAAAACUACUGUGAGGAAAAA